UGCGGUUCCGCUCUGGGCCAGAGAAGAUAAGACAAUGAAGAGCACCCACUCCAUCUAUUCAACUCGACUCAUCUGGUUAGCGGGCAAACAACAGUGACUAUAUUUAAAUAAGUUAUUUAUAUUUGCACAUAUACGAACAUUUAUAUAGAAAAUUCACAAUUUGAAAUGCUGCAGGUGACAUUGUGUAAAUAGCUAACUUGCCAAAAUAAUAAUUUCCCAUGUUAUGUUAUGUCACAAGGAAAGUCAAUGCAAAGUUGGAGUCACCUUUGAUGAUAUCAAAAGUUUGAAUCGAAACAUACGUUGAGGCUGUGGGAUGACUUGGCCUUUAGGAGCGAGACAUCAUACGACGUAGACGAUCUUUGUGUUGAACACGAAAGGGAAAGGAAACGGCGACGGCGACUUCUCCAUUCCUAAAUCAUCUCUCUUAUAUUAGGUAGUAAUGAGUGUCUGCUCAGUCGGAAGCUGCGACACCUUCCUUUCUUGGUUUUAGGAUCUUUCAGUCGAUCGUUUUCCUGCCGUAGAACCUGUCGCUGACCGUGGGGAUUUGCCUCGCGUCAAAUUGUGGGCGCCAGAUUUAUCGAGCACGACUGCACUAAGUUGGUGGGCAAGCUAGCAACUAGCCACGUAGCUAACCCUCGGCUAGCUUACCUGCUAACUAGCUCGCAGUGCUGGUCACAGAGACCACUUUGUGGACGAAUAUAUGGGAUAGUCGGCUGGUCUCUGUCCCGUGACUGCUAUUUAACGCUGGUCUAAAGGUUUGAGGACUAUUUCUGGCGAGGUUCUGUGCCGGUUAUUUCUACCUAGCGUGCUCGAUAUAGCCUGCUAGCUAAUAACUUGCGCAUUUAGCCUGGAACCCAGUUAAGGCCUCAGUCCAAACCCGCCGUCAGAAGCCUCCACCGCCAGACUCUUUGCCGAGCAGUGAGAGUUGACAGAGACUGGUAGCAGCCAACAUUAAUGUUGGCAUGCUGCUGCAUUUCUCUGCUGCAACCAAACACCACCAGACUGAGCCCCUACCUGACGCUCACGGCUACCACCUGCAAUGCUGAUACAACUUCCUUGGUGACACAGACUUCUCCCUGAGGAGCCAAGAAGCAGACGGCUCAUGACUUCUGACCAGGACACAAAAGUUGUAGCUGAACCACAGGUGCAGCAAGUACAAGAGGCUAAAGAGAACUCUCAUUUGGAAUCCGCCAAGGUUUCGGACCUCAACCCCAAUGCGAAAGCAUGGGCCAACCACAUGUUUAGCCUGGACCCCAGCGGCAGUGCUGACAACUCCACUGCGGCCUUGCAGCCAUGGAAGGACGGCUGCGAGAGUUCAGCCAACCCCGGCCCACAAGGCUAUGAAGCCAACGGAGACGAGGCUUUCAAGGAGCCCCUACUAAAUGACCCUGAUGACCCUCCACCAGCACAAGUGAUGUUGGCCCAGCCUCCCCCAUCGACGCCCAUUACCCUGGAGCACUCUGAGACACCCUACCCAGAAUUUCCGGAGUCAGGGCAGCCUGCACCAACAGCAGUCAGUGAUCCCCAGCCAGAGAAUCCCCAGGAAGGUUUGAGGGAACACUUGAAGAAGACAUUGGAAUUCUGUCUUUCCAGGGAAAAUUUGGCCAGUGACAUUUACCUCAUCUCCCAAAUGGACAGCGACCAGUACGUGCCAAUUGUGACGGUAGCCAACCUGGAUCACAUCAAAAAGCUCAGCACCGACGUGGAGCUGAUUGUGGAUAUUCUUCGCUCUCUUCCAUUGGUCCAGGUGGAUGAGAAAGGGGAGAAGGUGCGACCCAAUCAGAACCGCUGCAUAGUGAUCCUCAGAGAGGUUCCCGAGAGCACGCCCAUCGAGGAGGUGGAAGCUCUUUUUAAGGGAGACAGCCUACCCAAGUUCAUCAACUGUGAAUUUGCCUACAACGACAACUGGUUCAUCACUUUUGAGUCAGAAGCAGAUGCACAACAGGCAUAUCAGUAUCUACGUGAGGAGGUGAAGACCUUUCAAGGGAAGCCUAUCAAAGCGAGGAUAAAAGCGAAGGCGAUCGCUAUCAACACUUUCAUGCCAAAGAAUGGUUACCGACCAGUGGAGGUGAACCCAUACGCUCAGCAACGCUACACAUCCUACUACAUCCCACCCGUCUACAGCCCCCAGCAGCAGUUCCCCCUGUACAGCCUCAUCACUCCACAAGCCUGGUCGACCACACCCAGUUUCAUCGACCCCACACUGGUUGCUCCAUUUCAUAACAGCCAGUUCAUCAAUGGAUUUACACCAUCAGCUGGUUUUAAGCCACCAACCACCCCCCUCACUGUCAGACACCACUCACCCAGGACCAGAAAUCACAGUAAACCUCAUCUGAGGCCGGCCGUCCCCACAGCGGACCGUACCGCGCUCCUGGACAGCCCAAGCCUCUUUCCCAGCUUCCCCAACGAUAGGCUGAACGGGGUCCGCAGCAGCCCGCCCACACGCUUCCCUGCCAGCCAGCCCAGAACCAGGUUACCUUCCACCACCACCUUUCCCCGCAGGGAGACUGUGGGCACGGGCCGAGUGUCCGAGUUCACCACCACAGACUACUCCUCCCUGGGAAUGGGCAGGGGAAGGAAAAAGAGGGAUGAAAAGUUUACACGACUGACGCCUCAAUCGCCACCGCCGCCUCCCCCCAAACCUCCAUCGCCGAGCUUCGAGUUGGGUCUAUCCAGCUUUCCGCCUUUGCCUGGAGCGGCCGGUCAGCUGAAGACAGAGGACAUCUUUGACCACCGGCUGGCCAGCAGUGUCGUCGUCCCGCCUGCGAAGGACAGAAAUGUGAGCAUUGACUCCAGUCCUGGAGGAACCCCCUCGUUACUCGGUCCCAAAGAACCUCUUCCGCCCCCGUUGUCUUCCUCUUCCUCCUCCACCUGCUCCACCUCUUCUUGUUCCUCCUCUCUGAUGCCCACAAGCUUCGUACCCUCACUGACCACGCCCACCCCCACUCCAGCCUCGACCUGGACCCCGGCAGCCUGCCCUCCACCGCCUCCCUCCAUCCCAGCAGCAGAAGUGAGGAUGACUGAGUUGAAGAUAAAGGAGGUUCAGCACUCCGUGGAGCGCGUUCCUGGCACUUUGUCCACCGCCAGCAAGUCAGUGCAAGUCAACGGUGCUGCUACGGAGCAGAGGAAGCCUUCUUACGCCGAGAUAUGCCAACGAGCAAAGGAGACGGCCACAUUGAUGCAGCCCCCGACUCCCAAGGAAGCCAAGCCAGCAGGUGCUUCCCCCGCAGGCGAGGAGAGGAAGUGCCCUGAUGCCUCCGCCCCAGCAGGGGAGGUCAAGGCUAGAGAGACAUGCCCCCCACCUUGCUCUAAACCUGGCUCAGCGGCCGUUGCCCCAGGGAGACCCCCACGGGAGACCCGGAGGCCGGCUGGGCGCUGGGCUUCCCCGCCGCCACACCCAGGGAAAACCCCCAGCAAAGAUAUCCAUCAUACCCCUCCAAAGUCCCCACUGUAGGGUGACUCUCUGCUUCUUGCCUAGUCCCCACACAAGCAUUUCUGGAUCAGGGCUUUCAGACAAAAAGCACUUUAUUGUGCAUGUAAAGCACCAUCUCAUUCUUUUUAUUCUAUUUAUUUGCUUUUUGUUUUGUUUUUCUUUUUAAACAUGACUUUUAGUUCUGCUUGGUCUCUUUAAGCAUUGCAUUAUUGGCUCAAACAGCUCUGUGUGACAGGAAGACUGUCAUAGCAGCAGUAGGGGGUUGUUGGAAGCCCUAGUGGGUGAUGGGAAGGGCAAAUUGACUCCACUUUGCUGGGUAAUAAUGGUUCUUGUCUUGUUGGAGGUGUGCUUUUUACAUGUGGUUAUGUCCAUAUGCAAGAUGGAACAACGAAAUUGCAUUGGAGUGAGACUCCCGGUUGUUUACACUCUUUGUUGGAGAUUUUGUAGGCUCGGAGUGGUGCUCUUUCUGCAGUUCUCUGUGAAGCAUCUCUGCUGGUUUCUUCUGUUAGCAUGGUUUGCACGGUUCAUGACAUGAGCUCAAUUGGAACACAAAACACACUUAAAGUUGCUUGCAGGAAGUGUCAACCAUUACCUUUUAGGGGAAGCAAGCUCUUCUUCAGUGUAGAAUGAGGGUAACCAACAGAGACCAUUUAAGGUGACGAAGUAUGCAAAGAAGAAUGAACACUCUGACAGGUGACCAGCCGCCACUUGGUGGCGGUUCUAGAUGUGUUAUAUGAGAGCUAUAUGUUUAUUUUCACAAAGGUAAAUAUUCCAGUUCGGAAGAGUUUGGAGGAGGAGUGGAAGGAGGAGUCAGGACAAAGUGAGGGUCAUGUCUGUUAUGUGAGAGCCAAUAUGCACAUUUCUUUCUUUUCUUUUUUUUCUUUUCUUUUUUUAACACUGUUGCUGACCAUGUUUAGCCAUUCCUUUUGUGGUGGGGGGUGUCGAGGCUGUGCUUAGGGUUUUUAGAGAGAGCAAGUUGAAGGUAGAAUGCUGUUAAAUGUUGAGUUGGUGUUUUCGGAAAGUAGCACUGCAGUUGAGAUGAGGUCGCAAUGGGCUUUUGUUAACGUGAAGAUGAGCAGAAUCCCACUGGCUGCUUCCCUCACUAACAAACUUUGUCACAUUUCAGUGGAUCCACAAUGUGCAUGCAAGGAGGUUUGUUGAGGGCGCAGCUUGUGAGGUCAGCUGGGGGGAGGGAAGCUGAGCACUCUGGAGUGUAGCAGCCUCUUUGGCACAAGUCACGUGUUUGCUUCUGGUUAUUGCAAAUGUACAUAAGAAAAUUAUCCAGCCACUUUCCCUUCCUUGUGUUGAAAGUCGUGUUGGAAAAGUUGUCAUCUUCCCCACGCCCCUCGAAGAAAAACCACUGUAAUGAUGAAAUGAUGAAACACCAGGCGGGACCGCCAAAGUCUUCCAACCGCGUGAAGCAUUGUGGACAAUUCCGCUGACAGAAGACGAGGGAAACGCACGAUUUGGAUUGUUUUUCUUUUUUGAAGGACUGAGAUGCACUUGGAUGGCUCGGUUCUUUGUUUUUGGCUUAUUUAUGAAGCAGUGCAGUUUAUUCUGUGUUUUCUUUUUAGCCAGACGGAAAGGUCUUCACAUAAACAUGUAAAAGAGUUCCAUCCAGUGUUUGAGAAACUUGAAUUUUAUUUAAACUUGAAAAAUGACUUUGCCUUAACUUUUAUACACAACGAGCAUAGAGUUUAUUCCCCCACCCUCGACAUGCGAAAGAUGAUUUAGUGACAUCACUAGUCUUACGGAACCAGAGUACAAAAAAAAUCUAUCAGCGUUUUUUCUUUCCCUUUCCCCCUUUUUGUAUAAAGUCGAAAAAAAGAAUAGUUUGGAUGGUUCUUUUUGUUUAGGGGGCGAAAGUGAAACCUUGUAAAUGCAAAAGGAGUCAAUACUGUAUUAAAUAUAUGCACUUUGAGGUUUGUGCUUUGCUUGUACAGUUGUAAAUACUCAGAAAAAUAUAAGAGGUACCUUCAAAUGACAAUUAUAAAAAAUCUAUUGAUCUUGUUGAGCUAUUAAUGUCACUAUGGAGCUGGAUGUAGGAUUUAAAAAAAAAAAAAAAAAAAAAAACCCAAGACUUCAUGUUGUAUUUUUUUUCUUUUCUAAUUUGAGUUUGUGUGUGGACUAUGAGGAACCCUUAUGUUUUUGUUUUUUUGUUUCAUUCCAUCUGUUGUCCCUGUAAUGUCCACCCUGCCCACCAUUGUCCUGGUUAACACGUUGGCUUCUUUCUUGUUUACAUGAGGACAAACACAUCUUUAUCACUUCUUUGUCCACACGAGAGAUUUUUCAUUUGACCACUGACAUCGUCAUACGUGACAAGCGGCCAAAAAUCAAACAAAAAAUAUUGUUGACAUCCUCAACUGCUUUAUUUGUUAGUGUGAGAGAAGAUCACUACAAGUAUGCUUAGCACGAAGACUAGAAGCUAUUAAAUGUGCACAUAACAUUUUGUGAUUUUAUGUCCAGUAAAAGCUAACAUUUGUCUCUUUAUCAACUUACCAACUUGAGCUGCUUUGCAGGUGGGCAAAGGUCAAAAGACAAACCCUUUCUAAGCUAACAUCUUCAUAAAUACACCAUGCAUGUUUCUUGAGCUUAGUCGAAAUGUGUUUAGGCCCUAAAAAAAGUCUAUGUACUACAUUUUGGUCUUAGGUCAUGUGACCCCAUAAAGCACAUUUGAAGCACAGAUAAACACCUUCAUGGAAUUUUGAUCUUCUCUCUUGCCUCUCCGUGUGUCCACAAUCACCUCAUUGUUCGUUUGUUCUCUCAGUGGACAGGAAGUGGACUCCUGGCGUAGGUUUCAAAAGCAUUUGAUCAUAAGCGGGCGCUCCAGUUGUUGUUGUCCAGCAGAUGUCACAUGUACAUAGCCUUUGCUUCACCUGCAGUGGCGGGAACUGUUGAUUGACACAUUGUCACCUGACCUGGAUGGGACUGGAACUUUUGUGCCUGAACUGUGAAUGUGUGCAUGUGUGGACGGAAGCACCCUGCCACAAAGAUGGCCACCACAGUCGCUUCUAGGCUAACGAGGACUCCCCCUUGUGGCAACGGCCACCACUCAUAUCGCCCCCCGUUGGCCAGUCUUGACAGUACCAUUGUCCCCUCACGUGAACUUUUGUAAAGCAAAACCCUGAGGAAUGCACAAGGACUGACUGGAACAAGACUCAGUUCUAUCUACUCACUGUGGUUUAACCCAUUAGCGCUAACAUACACGCAAAGCUAACAGCUGUGGACAAUCGUUGACUGCGUCAGGGCUCGCCUAACGCCAAUGUGGAACUCUUUUGUCUUCUCUUUUGUCUUUUUGUUACCAUUGACCGUUUUCUUCCAUUGGAGACUGGAAUCAAGCGUAUGUGUCAGCUAUAGAUAAUUUAAGUUACUCUUCUUGUGUCAUGAUGUUCAACUGUCUCAUUUGGAGGAAAAAAAACAUGUAGCUUACUGAAAAAAAUAAACAUUUAGGCACUGUUGAGGAGACGAGUGUGU